GCGCAGGAGUCACAGCCAUGCAGGUGCUCGCCAAGCGCUACCCUAAGAACUGCCUCCUGACCGUCAUGGACAGGUACGCGGCUGUGGUGCGGGACAUGGAGCAGGUGGUGAUGAUGCCCAGCCUGCUGCAGGACCCGGCGGGCCCGCCCGACCUCUACCCCUGCUACCUGAUGCUCAAGGCCAUCCGCGUGGAUGUGGACCAUGGGCUGCUGCCCCGGGAGGAAUGGCAGGCCAGGGUGGCUGGGCGAACAGCCUGGGAGACUGCAAGGGUAACUGCGCCUGCGGAGGGCGCCCGAGAGGAUGAGAGGGUCCAGGAGCCCCUGGACUUGGAAGCCCAGUUCCACCUGCACUUCUCCAGCCUCCACCACAUCCUCACCAGCCUCACCCUGAAGGCCGAGGAGGUGACACGGAAAUACCAGGAACUGAUGGGGCAGGCUGCUUAGGCCGGCCCUGGCAGGUAAA